AUAUUUGGGUAGUGGUCUGUCCCUUCCCUCCUCUUCCCCUAUUGCUCUUCAAUCAGAGACAGAGUUCUUUAGAGAGAGAUUAAGAUAGAGAAAGAGAACAUCUCUUUCUCCUUCUUCUUCCUCACACUCUCUCAGCCUCUGGCUUUUCAAUGAAGUAAUGAACCCAGAAUCAAAUCUCUUCUUCUCAGAAGAAGAUGGAUCGAAAACAUCAUCAUCAACUAGUAGAAUCAAGUGAAGAACAAAACCCAGUUUUCCUUUUGGACGCUCUGUACUGCUCGGAGGAGCAUUUGGUGGAUGAGCAAGUGAGCCCAGUGGAUUAUUUCCCAGAAGAGGAAUUAGUAGAAGACAGCUUUAACAGCAACGUUUCUUCGUUUAACCCAAUAAAAGCUCCAAUCUUAGUCGAGCAAGACCUGUUCUGGGAUAAUGAGGAGCUAAUCUCUCUCUUAUCCAAAGAAUCGGAGCAAAACGAGCUCCAAAAACCCCUCCAAAUCAGCCCCUCUCUGGCCGGAGCUCGCAGAGAGGCGGUGGAUUGGAUGCUGAGAGUCGCUUCCCACUACUCUUUCUCCGCCCUCACGGCGGUGCUCGCGGCGGAUUACUUCGACAGGUUCUUGUCCAGCCUCCAACUUCAGGUUGAGAAGCCGUGGAUGACCCAGCUCGCUGCCGUGGCUUGUAUCUCUCUUGCUGCCAAGGUUGAGGAGACCCAAGUUCCCCUUUUGCUGGAUUUCCAAGUGGAGGAUAGCAAGUAUGUGUUUGAAGCUAGAACAAUCAAACGAAUGGAGAUUUUGGUGCUCUCAACUCUCCAAUGGAAGAUGAAUCCUGUCACUCCGAUUUCAUUCAUCGAUUACAUCACCCGAAGACUCGGUCUGAAAAACCAUCUCUGCUGGGAAGUCCUCAAAAGAUGUGAGCUCAACCUUCUGAGUCUAAUUUCAGAUUCUAGGUUCAUGUCUUUUCUUCCAUCUGUAGUUGCCACUGCCAUAAUGCUGCAUGUUGUCAACAACAUAGAACCGUGUCUACUUAUGGAAUACCAAAACCAGCUCCUGGGAAUUCUCGGAAUCGAUAAGGACAAAGUGGAUGAAUGCUCGAAGCUCAUCUCCGAAUUAACAUCUUCCGGAGGCAAUGGCAGUGGCAAACAAUCCAACAAGCGUAAGUUUGGUUCAGUUCCAUGCAGUCCCAGUGGAGUGAUGGAUGUGUCAUUUAGCUCUGAUAGCUCGAAUGAUUCGUGGGCCACUGGAUCAUCGGUCUCAUCCUCGCCGGAGCCUCUGUCGAAGAAGAGGAAUUCCAACCACAACCGUAAUGCAGAUAUCCCCGGCUUCAUCCCUCGCUAGUUCCGAAAUUGGUUCCAAUUUUUUUUUCUUUAAGGACCCAAAAAAAGUCUUUUCUAUGUCUAAUAAUACUCUUCUUAUGUGGAUUUGU